UCCAUCCUAUGCUUGCCAGGCGUGGAGGAUGAAGACGGAAGAGGCUCCUUCUUGUCUCCAGCAGGCCACACCCGUCCUGGGCUAUGGCUCAGAGUCCAAAAUGCGGGAGGUUUGUGCUGGCUGCAACACCCCGAUCUCCGACCGCUUCCUGCUGAGGGUGAAUGAGCGCUCGUGGCACGAAGGCUGCUUGAAGUGUGCUGCUUGCCUGCAAGCUCUCUCCGGCACUUGCUACUGUCGCAACCGGCAGCUGUAUUGCAAGCAUGACUAUGAAAAGCUCUUCCAGACUAAAUGCAGUGGUUGUCUCAAAGCAGUGGCUCCCUCAGAGUUCAUCAUGCGGGUGCUGGAAAACGUCUAUCAUGUCCACUGUUUCUCCUGCUGUGAGUGCGAGAGGAGGCUGCAGCGUGGCGAUGAGUUUGUACUCAAGGAAGGGCAGCUGCUUUGCCGCAGUGACUAUGAGAAGGAGAGAGACAUGCUGAGCGCCAUCAGCCCCGCUCCCACCGAGUCAGUGAAGAGUGAGGAUGAGGAUGGAAGCCACCCGCAGGGCAAAGCAGCGAGGAAGCCAAGGAACCACAAGCGCUCCAAGCGGCCACGGACCAUCCUCACCACGCAGCAGCGCCGUGCCUUCAAGGCCUCCUUCGAAGUCUCCUCCAAGCCCUGCCGAAGGUCCAGGGAGACAUUGGCAGCUGAAACGGGCUUGACUUCGUUCGGGUGUGCAAGUUUGGUUCCAGAAUCAAGGGCCAAGAUGAAGAAGAUCGCCCGCAGGCAGCAGCAGCAGCAGCAGCAGGAGCAGCAGGAGCAGCUGGGCAAUCCACGCCUGGGGACUGGAAGGGGCACCGGGCGGAACAGCAGGCAAAGCAAUGAAGACAGCGAAGAUGGUGCCAGUGUGCACGGAAUCGAGGGUCUGAUGGUGCCGUACUCCAGGAUUGCCCAACAGCAGCUGCUUCCCCUGGAUCAGAACAGCUACAGCACUGAUUUGUACCGGCAAGGACUCACCCCACCCCAGCUGCCAGGAGACCAUCUCCACCCCUAUGAUUCAGAAGGCGUCUUCCACGACAUGGACAGUGACACCAUUGGCCAUUUGGGUGACUGCCUGCUGUCAGCGGCUGAAGCCAACCUCCUGCAGACCCGAGUGGGCAACCCCAUUGACCGGCUCUACUCCAUGCAAAGCUCCUAUUUCACCUCCUGACCGUGGGGACGUUCCUGGCUCUUCCACCUGAUCUAUGCCACUCUGGGCUUAGAAGUGU